CGGAGGUGCUGUGGAGGGAGUCCGGGCUCGAAAAGCUGCAUACUCGCAUCCCCUGGCGUUACAUCGGCACGGCGCGCGGCGUGUUCCGACAGCUGCCAGGAACCUCAAGCAACAAGCUGUACAACCCGCCCCAACGACCAUGGUAUCUGCGUGCGAUGAGUAAUCCAGGUAAGCUGACGAUAUCAGCGCCCUACAGAGACGCCCUCGCUGCUGACGUUGGUUACGUCGUCACUCUCAGUCACACAAUAGUCCAGCCAGCCAAGUCUCGAGGCAACACAGGUGUCGCCACUGUCAGUGCUGUAAUGGGAGCGGACUACACACUCUCUCACUUCUACAGUCUGCUGGCCAUGAAUGACGCUUGCAAUGGCAAGUCAGCAAUCGCCAAAAAAUAUGAUACAAGGUUAGCAGUUUGGAGUAACGUAGGGCCAACAAUAUCAGACAUACAUGGUGAUUGUUACGGAUGCAGGCAUGAAUGCAGUGAUAGCCAAGUUAGGGCUGAUGAGUUUGAUCUUGAUCUUGAUAGGAUACAUCGACAGUAA